UUCAGAGAUUCAUAUACGUGUGUGAUAUCGGCGCUAAGCUGAGCAGCAUCGUCUUCAUCAUCAUCACAGUACAAAUGAAGAAGUAUGGCUGCACACUACAAAUAUGUCCCCAUGUUUUAACCAGAGCCAUGGUUAAAACAUUUCGACGCGGACAGAGCACUUUUUCACCAUGAGAAUUCACGGAAAGAUUGUGGCUAUCGCGGUAUGCUUUGGAGUUUUUCUACUUUUGUACUUUUUCGGGGGGAACGCUGCGGACGAGCCGCCGCUGAAAGAAGUUGCGAAAGAAAAACAUUUUCCAUCCUUCAAUUAUGCCGAGGAUAUCGCACCGGCGAAAGAAGCGAAACAAACCCCCGAAGAGCCUCAAAAAACACCGAAACUAAUCCGCAAACAGCCGAAGUUGAGCAGCAGAGGAGGAGGGAAUGUCAUCGCAAAGACUCGGCAGAAGAGUGAGGUGGGGCACCCUGUGUCAAAGGUCACACGAACAGAGGAUGUCAUGCACCUGGCAGUAGUGGCUUGUGGGAACCGUCUAGAUGAAACGCUCAACAUGGUGAAGUCAGCACUGCUCUUCAGCAUAAAGAAGAUUAAAUUUCACAUCUUUGCAGAGGAGGACUUGGCUGAACAAUUUGAAAAAGGGUUCAGUGUGUGGCCUCAGACGGUGUCCUCCAGGUUUCACUACAGCAUAUAUCCAAUCACCUUCUCUGUGGGGAAUGCAGACGAAUGGAAGAAACUCUUCAAGCCAUGUGCUGCCCAGAGGCUCUUUCUUCCUGUUAUCCUGAAGGACGUGGACUCGCUGUUGUACGUGGACACAGAUGUUCUGUUUCUCCGCCCUAUGGAUGACAUCUGGAAGUUUCUGAAAGCUUUCAACAGCACUCAGCUAGCUGCCAUGGCCCCAGAGCACGAGAUCCCUAAGAUCGGCUGGUAUAGCCGCUUCGCAAGGCACCCCUUUUAUGGAGUCACAGGGGUCAAUUCAGGGGUCAUGCUAAUGAACCUCACACGGAUUCGUAGCACUCUGUUUAGGAACAGCAUGAUCGCCAGCGGUCUGUCAUGGGAAAAUCUGCUACACCCUCUCUAUCAGAAAUACAAGAACCACAUCACAUGGGGAGACCAAGACCUCCUCAACAUCAUCUUCCACUACAAUCCAGAGUGUCUGUACAUAUUUCCAUGCCAGUGGAACUACAGGCCAGAUCACUGCAUGUAUGGAAGCAAUUGCAAAGCUGCGGAAGAGGAGGGGGUGUCUAUUCUUCAUGGUAACCGUGGAGUGUACCAUGACGACAAGCAGCCCGCAUUCAGAGUGGUGUAUGAUGCCAUACGUGAGUAUCCCUUUGAGGAGAACUUGUUCCAGUCUUUGUUUUACCCUCUUCAGACUAAGUUCCUAGACACAGUUAACACCCUUUGUGGAAGAAUACCACAGGUGUUCCUCAAACAGAUCGAGAAGACCAUGAGGGCUAUUUAUGAGAAAAAAGUGGUGCGCCGUGUCCGACUGCCACACGAGAAAUGAGCCUGCAUUUCAACAGCAUAAGGAAGAGUCUCUGCCUGCUGCUUGGAUCAGAGUGUUUUUGUUUUCAUUGAAGAUGAGCAAUGCCAGAGGCAAGCUACAUUUGGUCCAUUAGGCCCAGUAUGAGCUUCACGAGCUAGCGGAGCUGGAGAUUUAAGCAGGAACAAGCAGCAGUUUUGGUCUGCUGGAUGGAUACAGAGAAGUAACCAAAUGCAUCAAGCGGCUCCAACUGUGGGUAACCAAGAAUAUGAGAGACUCGUUGGCAAAGCUGUUUUCAGCAAAUCCAAAAAUAUGAAUUCAGAGCUGUUUAUUUACAACUGUGUUGUACCAUUUUUCAGCAUCUAGUUUGUCUAGUAUUACACAAUUGGAGCAUUUGUGUCUCAGUACACUUUAUCUAAUUCUUGUACUUAAGUGGCUGCACCAAUUUGUUUGAGCAUUCUGCUGCUUAAUAGCAUGAGAAUAACGCCUUGUUUUCAAGCCACAAAAAUGAAUGUAGCACGCAGAAACAACCAAAGAGAAUUAGCCUGUCAGCCUUUAGAACUCAGUAAGAUGUACAUUCAGUUUAAGCACAGCCUUAAUGGUGGAUGUUCACACUGUUUACAUUGAAGAUGACUUGUUAGUGAGAUUAGAAAGGAGUCUGAUGUUGUAAUGUUUUCUUUGGGGCUGCAUUUUAAUAUAUAUAUGUAUAGAAUAUCAGAAGGCCUUUUUGUGAAAAUUCCAAUUAAGUCAGGUGUCCUGUAUUUUGAUAUGACAAGCCUAUUCUGAUAGACAUCAUGAAUUUGGAAUUUAGGAUAACCUAUACCAGUUUAUGAGAGCUGGCCUAAAGGUCUAAGUGUUCAAAUAUUUUUAGCAAUGGUAAAUUUUCAGAGUGUAACGUUUUGUUGUUUUAUCCUGUGCUUUGUUAGGAGUUUGAACUUCUGCCAUAGUGGGAUUAAAUGAAUGUGAUCAUUUAAAAUAAAUGUGCCGAUUAGAAAGGUUUGUACAUCUUGACAGUAUUAUAUAGCCUAUGUAAAAACAACACUAUAACAAAACAAUACACAGAUGUACAGUCUGCAUUUAAUUGCACUUUUUUAAACAAAUACUGAGUUUGGAGAAAGUAAAAUGCAAGAUAAGUUAAAAAUGGCAACAAGAUUAGUUUAACAAAAGAAACUCUCUGGACCCAGUAUGAUCAGUUUACCCUUUUUUUUAAAAAACAUUCUAAAAUCAUUUCAAGUUUGUGUAAUCGCAGCCUUUUUAUUUGUUGACUGUUUCUGUGUGAAAGUACAAACAUUAUAAUGGGGAGAUUGUGUUGUAAGUGUUUUGAUGUGUGUUUUGACAUGUUCAUUUAGCACAAUGUGCUUAAUUAUAUGUGUGACCAGUUUCCAGCCUCCUGUCACUGGUCUGGGAUCAGUGAUGAGAUUUAUUUAACUGGAAACUCAGGAGACUAUUAUACAUCUCAUGUUAUCUCUGUGUCAAGAGACGCACCAGCGAUGUUCAUUGUAUCAAGUGUGCUUUUCUGUCUUUCUGAAUGUCUUCUAUUGUAUGUGUUAUUGUCCUUUUAUACAGAAGUGUGUAUGUUAAAAAUGUAAUAAAUAAAUAUGCAUUUAAUAUUAA